AUGAAAAAGUUCAAUUUCUUAAAAUACUAGUUUAGCAGCUUAUUUGAAUAUCAAAAUCUAAGUUAAAGAAAUAAAUUAAAUGAGUACAAAUAGGGAUUUCUAAUAAGCAAAGAUUUCGAGUCUUAUUACAAUUAUAUGAAAGUAACAAACUUAAUAUAUGUUAAAGAUUCUUAGUAGAUUAAAGAUGUACGAUGAAAUAUUAUAAGCCAAAAAGAGUGUACCUCUGUUUAAGCAAAUAUCAUUUUGGAGAGAACCAAAAAACAAAGUAAUAAAAGAUUGGAUUCGAUAAGCAUAAGAUGAAUAUUAUAACUAAAAUCCAUAAGACUUACCAUUGCCUUGGUUUGUAAAAUACCCAAUCAUAUUUUUUAUUUCUUAUGAAGUAUUCUCAACGAUAUUUGAUGUCGACAUUGAAAUUAGUUUGAACAUUAUUCCAGAAGAGAAGGAAGUCAAAAAAACAACAGGCUUCAAAGAUGUCAUAGGAAUUGAUGAUUACAAAGAAGAAUUGCAAGAAGUAGUUGAUUUUCUGAGAAACCCUAGUAAAUAUCAUGAAUCUGGAGCAAAAUUGCCAAAAGGUAUAUUGCUUGUAGGUAGACCAGGAACAGGAAAAACUUUAUUAGCAAGAGCUUUGGCAGAGGAGGCAGGUUGUACAUUCUUGUACAAAUCAGGAGCAGAAUUUGAUGAAAUGUUUGUGGGAGUAGGUUCAUCUAGAGUGCGUUAAUUAUUUUAAGAAGCAAGAUAAAAAUAACCAUGUAUAAUUUUUAUUGAUGAAAUUGAUUCUAUUGGUGGAUCAAGAGGAGGUGAUGAUCCAAAGAGAUAUGGAACUAUAAAUCAAAUUUUAACCGAGAUGGAUGGAUUUAGAUAAAAUGAGGCAAUCAUAGUGAUUGGAGCUACAAACAUGGAAUAAUCAUUAGAUGCAGCACUAACAAGAGCAGGAAGGUUUGAUAAGACAAUUCAUAUAAUGUUGCCUGAUAUCAAGGGAAGAAAACAGCUAUUUGAAUAUUACUUGAAAUAGAUAAAACACUCAGAUAUUGACACUUAAUUAUUGGCUAGACAGACUACUGGAUUGACUGGAGCAGAUAUUGAAAACAUUGUAAACAUAGCAAUUAUGAAUGCAGUAAAAGAGAAACGAUCAAAAGCUUAGGCCAAUGACUUCUAACAUGCAAUAGACAGAACUAGGAUGGGCAUACGAUACAAACUGACUGAUCAAGAUAAGAUUUUAACAGCAUACCAUGAGAGUGGACAUGCAUUAAUCAAUCUCUUAACAGAGCAUACAGUACCAUUAGAUAAAGUAACUAUCUUGCCUCGAGGAAGUGCUUUGGGUUACACAUCUAUGGUUCCAAAGGAGGAUACUUUGUCAUAAACAAGAGGUAAUAUUCUAGCUGCUAUUGAUGUUUGUAUGGGUGGCAGAGCAGCAGAAGAUAUCAAAUUUGGUAAAGACAAUAUUUCAUCUGGUUGUGGUUCAGAUUUGGCUAAUGCUACUGCUAUGGCUUACGCAUAUGUGAAAGACUUAGGUAUGGGAGACACACUGAUUUCAGAUGCUUAAACUAGCAAAAAGUUCAGUUACACAGUUGACAUGCAAGUGAAAUAAUUACUAGAAGUAUUACUUUUUAUAUUAAUUAUUUAAAGGAAUCAUAUAAUAGAGUCAGAAACAAAUUAGAGUAAAAUUAAUAGGUGCUGUAAAGAUUUGCUGAAGAAUUAUUGAAACAUGAAACAAUGACUGCUGAUUAAUUGAAAAGUUUAUUAUGAUUAUUUUUUAUUAAU